CAAUUUUGCUGGCUAACUGUAAAAUGGCCGUCGAAAUUUCGGUUACCUGUCAUUUUCAAAUCUGACAUUUUGCAACUACAAAAAACACGAAUCAUUUAACACUCGUUGGUUCGCGAUGGAGCCCAUGACCCUCGGCAGCGCCCCAUCCAGCCCCUCCUCCCCUUCCGCCAACCCCAACUUCCUCCCAGCUUUCCUCAUGGGGGACAACUCACAGACCGCCACUCCCAACCCCAACACAUCUCCCGGCCGCCGCACCUCGGCCCGCAAACUGGGGGCUACUAGCACUCCCGACCCGCGCACCUACCCCAGACUCUUCAACCAGACCCUCGACAGCCCUAAGCCCUUCACUCCCCACAAGCCGGGGCCCCCCAGUCAAGGCUUGUUCGACACCAUCGAGCAAAAUCGCAAGCCGACUAGUCCCGUCCUCCAGUCGACCGCCAUCGGGGACAGUUUCAAUUACAGUCGGAAUUUGAACGAAACGUCGAAUUUAAGUCGCGUGGAUAGGAUAGACACCCAUUGGGUGACCGUGUUUGGGUUCCCCCCGAGUGCUCUGAGUCUGGUUUUGGCCCAGUUGAGCAACUGUGGGGUGAUUGUGGAGAAGAAAGUGCCAGCGCAAGGGAAUUGGUUGCAUGUUAAAUUUAAUAAUUUGUGUGAUGUGCCCCGAGCCCUAGCCCUGAACGGUAGAUGCAUAAGUAAUAACAUCAUGAUUGGGGUUAGUUUGCACUACGAUAAGGAGAAUAAGGAAAAUGAGAAUGUUUUUACGUCGCCGGUCAGGGCGAGGAGCUUAAGACACUCUUUUAUAACUCCAAGUGGCAAUAACUCAGUUCUGCCACCACAAAAUGUCCCCCAAAAAUCCACAGGUUUAGUCUCCAAAGCCAUUGAGUAUGUUUUUGGUUGGUGAUUUUUAUUUAUAGUUUAUUGUAUUUGUACUUUUUAAAGAAACUAAUUCCUCAAUUGA